AUGGAUGAUGCUCUACUGAGCAAAGAAGAUCCAGAACAGUCACUUGUCAGCUACUGCGUCUCACCGGGUGAGCAGUUCUUAUUAUGCCUCGAAGUAACGACUGUACGACCAGUAAAGGUAUUUGUCAGAGUUAAAAAUCUAAAGUCCAACUCAAAGGUUGGAAAAUAUGAGCUUCCUAUGGAUAUAUCAUCGACGGUUCUUGAAAAGGAAUCAUUUGGCAUUAAACUUGUGCAAGCAUCAAUCGCGCACAAAAAUAAAGCUGAAGUUAAACACUACAUCAUCAUCAACACAGGGGAUGGACUCUCUUUCCUCACAUUAGAACAACUUUUUUCCGUCGGCGGAGAAAUACCACGUAAGUGGCAACACAGUUCAUUUAACGACACAAUCACGUCAUUUCACGGGUACAAUGUUCGAGGUUGUAAUGUCCAAGUAGUUUAUGCCACGAAACUAGGCGCUGUGGUGAAAUUUGAUUUCAAUAUUGCGUCGGGUGCAUUUAAGAAACUCGAGGAGCAUAAAGAUGUGGCUGCUGACUCUAUAAACACAUGCAGCCCGUGCAUGCCAGUUGACAUUGACCCACUGACAACUUAUAUUCCUGAGCUGGUCUUCUCAAGCUUUGAUAAUAAUCUUUACUCUCUCGAAAAUACGCUACAGAAAUUACCUAUUUUUGAGCCGAUGACCGAGAACAAGACACUUGUGUCAGCGUCUGGCGUAAUUGCCAAACAGUACAGCACUAAAAGUCUACGGUAUUAUGUAGCAAACGUACUCAACAGCGGUUGUCAUCUUUUCAAGAGAAGCGCGAAUGAUGACUGGGAUAAAGUACAAUUGUUUGAGCGCCAUGUCUCAAGCGAGGAAUUCUCGCCAUUCGCCGAUUGUCUCGUAAGCUGUUAUGGUCGCACGCAACUGAGAAUCGCUACCGGUAGCGAGUGCGGCAAGAUAUUCUACUGGCGAUAUGAUUAUCGCGACGAACUUAUCUUGGAGAGUAAUGAACUUGAAGUAGGAAGGGAAGGAGAUACAGUCUACGGUCUUCAAUUAUUGGGCUCAAAUGUGUAUUACAUGGUAAAUAGAGACUUUAUUGAUUGUCGUACGAUUAAUUAA